CAGCAGGUGUGGCCAUUGUGUCAGGCGACCAUGGAGGAGGAACACGCCAAAUUUGAACUGGAAAUAGAGAACAUUGUGGAAAGCGACGACUUUACUAUAUUUAACCAAGAUGACCUUCCAAUGGGAGGCUUCCAAGUCAUGGAAGACAUCAGGAGGAAGGGGAAGCUGUGUGACGUGACACUGAAGGUUGAGGACCAGUGUUUUACUGCUCAUCGAAUUGUUUUGGCAGGUGUCAUCCCUUAUUUUAAUGCCAUGUUUACUCAUGACAUGGCUGAGAGUAAACAAAAGGAGAUAACCAUGCAAGGAAUAGACCCUAGUGCACUGGAAUCCCUAAUCAACUUCGCAUAUUCUGGAAAAGUCAAGAUUGACGGUGCUAAUGUACAAAGUUUAUUAGUAGGGGCAUCUUUCCUUCAACUAUCUAAAGUGCGAGAAGCAUGUGCAGAUUUCCUCAAGCACAGGUUACACCCACACAACGUUUUAGGAAUCAGAACAUUUGCGGACACCUUGGCUUGUUGGUCAUUGGUAGAAGCAAGUAAUCGUUAUCUUCAAAAACACUUUGUCGAAGUUUCUGUAUCUGAGGAAUUCCUGAAUCUCUCUUUCUCAGAUGUAAGAGAAAUUAUUUCCCGUGAUGAACUUAAUGUUCAAAGUGAAGAAAGUCAGGUAUUUGAGGCUGUCAUGGCUUGGACGAAGCGAGACCUGGACCAGCGAAGUCACAGCUUGCCAGAGUUGUUAACAAAAGUACGCAUGCCAUUGCUAACCCCACAGUACCUGACAGACCGUGUUGCCACUGAAAACUUAAUCAGAUCAUCUCAUGAAUGCAGAGAUUUGUUAGACGAGGCGAAAGAUUAUCACCUAAUGCCAGAAAGACGGCCACUGCUCCAAAGCUUUCGAACAAGACCACGGUGUUGUAAUGACAUAGUUGGUCUUAUAUAUGCUGUUGGUGGCCUUACAAAAUCAGGAGACUCUCUGAGCACUGUUGAGGUGUAUGAUCCUAUUGUUGGUAGAUGGCAAAUGGCAGAGAGCAUGUCCAUGCUUCGAUCUCGAGUGGGGGUUGUGGUUAUGAAGAAGAAACUUUAUGCCAUUGGUGGCUAUAAUGGACUAGACAGAUUAGCUACAGUAGAAGUUUUUGAUCCAAUUAGUAAAUGUUGGAGUAAAGUAUGUCCUAUGAACUGUAAACGAAGUGCUGUUGGUGCUGCUGUUCUAAAUGAUCAUCUAUACGUGUGUGGUGGUUAUGAUGGGGUCGCGUCUCUCAACACUGUGGAGUGCUACAACAGUGAAACAAACAAAUGGGUAAUGGUUACGUCAAUGACAAAGCAUCGGAGUGCAGCAGGAGUUGUUGCUUUUGAUGGUCAUGUAUAUGCUAUAGGAGGUCACGAUGGUCUUUCUAUAUUUGACUCAGUGGAGCGGUAUGACCCAACAACAGGUCAGUGGACACCUGUUACUCCAAUGCUAAGCAAACGCUGUCGUCUUGGUGCAGCUACACUGGAUGGAAAGUUAUAUGUGUGUGGAGGAUAUGAUGGCUCAACCUUCUUAAGAACUGUAGAAGUGUAUGAUCCCAUCACAAGCAGAUGGGCAUUUAUUGCUCCCAUGAGUGUUACACGCAGUCGUGUUGCACUAGUAGCAAAUAUGGGCCGCUUAUAUGCCAUCGGUGGCUAUGACGGUGUGUCUAACCUGUCCACAGUUGAAGUGUACAAUCCUGAGCAAGAUCAGUGGGAGUUUAUCACAUCAAUGUGUGCACACGAAGGUGGGGUAGGGGUGGGUGUCAUUCCACUUCCCUAAGCAGUGAUAUCUGGCUAUGUUACGUUUCAAGUUUUAAUUCAUUGUCUUUUUUUUUUUUUUUUACUGUUCUAUAUACAGUGGAACCUCGAUUAACGAGUGCCUCUAUUUAUGAGCAUUUCCAGUAACGAGCGAGCCACUCGCAGCAAAUUUGUCUCUAUUGAUGAGCUUCUCUAUUAACGAGCAAAACCACAUGGUGCUUCCUAACGUCUCGCGGGUUCUCGCAAAUUCUCCGACGCCAUUGUUGUU